AUGGAUUUCGAAUUCCCUCAAUUAUUGAACCCAACUGAUGGAGAACCCUAUGUCCUUGUUUCUGAGUCAAAGGAAGUCUUGAAUAGCAAGUUAUUGACAGCUAGACAUGUAAGUCAAAGAGCACAUGAAACUGGAGGAAAAUCUGAACUAGUUGUUAUUGAAGACUUUUUAUAGUAAAAAUAGCAUCUAUAUAUUUAAUAGAGAUUUAACUAAAAAGUCUCCAUUAGCCUAUGUUCCAGAUGCUGAAUCAAAAUAGCUUGUUCAAAAUUUUAAUACAUAAAAAUAAGCUUAUGAAAGAUAAGUAUAAGAACAAGUUAACUCUUUUAAAUAAUUAAAUUAAAAACUAUAACAAGGGUACGAGGAUGCUUGUAAUAAUAUUGUGACAAAGUUGGUGGGUAAUGCAUAAGGUGAAGGUAACAAUGUUUAAAGAGCAUUUGAUUCUUUGUAGACUGUUUUAAGAAGUGAUCCUGAAUAGGAGGCUUCAAUACCUAAGCCAAAAGAAAUAGUAGAUAAAGUAAUAAAAUAAUUAAUAAUAAAUAGAUAUCUGAAUUAAGAGCAGCCCCAGAAUUACCAGAAUAUUUGUUUACAACAACUAAAAAGGUGAGAGCUUGGAGAAAUGCUCCAAAUGAAUUGUGUGUGUGGAAUAAAACAAAAGAAUAAUUCUAUAGAGAGAAUUUGGAAUAGAGUUUAACUUAGACUGUUUAGGAUAAAACAGAAUUAGCUUUAAAGUUUUGGAAUUCAUAAAUAUAGAAAUUAGGUGAUCAAUUAUUAAACAUCAUCUAAGAAGACUCUUCAAUUUAAUAAUAACAUUUUGUGAGUCUUAAUAUUGAGACUGCUGAAGCAUUUGCUUUAUUAUUAAAUACAAUGAUUACUCCAGAAACAAAAAUAAUACUCCAUAUUGGAGAUUUUACAGUUGAUGAAUCAAAAUCAAUUGCAGAAUCAAUAUAAAAGUUAACAAGCAUUUUAAAUUUAUAAAUUAAUUGGAGAGUAAGUGGAAAAGCAUAAGGAUUAUCACAUAUUGCAUAAGGUAUAAUAUUAAAUAUAAUAAUAGCAAUAUCUUAAGCAGAAUAAUUAAAAGUAUUGACUUUUGAAUUUUCAUCAUAAGUUUAAGCAAAUUCAGCCAAAGAAUUCUUUACUGAAUUUAAGAAUGUGAACUUAGUUAAUUUAGAAGAAGUAAAUGUAUUAGCAGAAUAAUCAAAUGUUAAUGCUGCAGUCUAAUAUAUUUCUAAGGCUAUAAAAUCUAUUGGAGGAAGUUAAGUUACAAGAGUUUUAUUCAAUUUCAGGUAUAUUUAAAUAAUAUAAUAAGUCAAUCUUAAGUUGAUAAUAAAUCAGCUCAAUAAUUGGGAGAAGCCUUAUCAACAUAUAAAGGAGUUAAGAAAUUUACACUUAAUUUUUCAGGAUAUUCUUUAUAAAGUAAUGCUAUUAAAGAUGAUGGAUUUGCUGGAUUAAUUUAAAAUGUAAAUAAUUUUGCAGAAUCUCUUGUUGAAUUGACAAUAAAUGUAGGAAGAAAUUAAUUAACAGAUAACUCAUUAGCCAAUUUAAAUAAAUAAUUCUCUGCAUCUAAAUGGGUUUCAUUGAAGACUGUUAAUAUUAGUGUUCAUUAUAAUAAAAUUACUGAAUAAGGAGCUCGUAAAUUAGGCAAAGUAUAUAUAUAUAUUUAAUAUAAUUUAGUUCCUUCAUAAUUUACCUAUUUUAGUUAACCUUACAGUCAAUUUGAACUCAACAGAAGUUAAUUAAAAAGGUUUAAGCUUUUUAAUUAAUUAAUUGGGACCAUAAGUAAAUGCUGAUAUUUCAGCCAAAUAAUCAAAUAUCAGUUAAGAAGAAGCAGCAGAAUUAGUUGGAAAAGUAUCAUCCUUAAGAAUUUGAU